AUGGCUAGCUUGAUAGCUAUCCUCGACCUAAAGGGCAAACCGCUAAUCCAGCGUUCAUAUCGCGACGACGUGCCUCCAUCCUACGUGGAGCGGUUUUUACCAAUUGUGCUUGAUUUGGAGGAAGAGGGGCAACAGGUUACACCAUGCUUUACGAGAGAUAGCAUCAAUUACAUGCAUAUCCGACACUCGAAUCUUUACCUGCUUGCUUUGUCAAAGCGCAAUAGCAAUGCUGCCGAGAUUAUUCUCUUCCUGCACCGCUUCGUCCAAGUACUAGUGGAAUACUUCAAGGAACUGGAGGAAGAGUCAAUUCGGGACAAUUUUGUCAUCAUCUACGAGCUUAUGGACGAGAUGAUGGAUUUUGGGUAUCCGCAGACCACGGAGAGCAAGAUUCUUCAAGAAUACAUAACACAAGAGUCAUACAAGCUGGAGGUACAGGUGCGGCCACCAAUAGCCGUGACAAACGCUGUGUCCUGGCGGUCGGAAGGCAUCCGGUACCGCAAGAACGAAGUGUUCCUGGAUGUCAUUGAAAGUGUUAACCUCCUGGUUAAUGCUAACGGUAAUGUGGUCCGGUCGGAGAUCCUAGGCGCUGUUAAGAUGAAAUGUUACUUGUCUGGCAUGCCCGAGCUCCGACUAGGUCUCAAUGACAAGGUAAUGUUCGAGGCUACGGGGAGAACGGCACGGGGCAAGGCGAUCGAAAUGGAGGACGUCAAGUUCCACCAAUGCGUCCGACUGUCACGUUUUGAGAACGACAGGACAAUAUCAUUCAUUCCGCCGGAUGGGGAGUUCGAGCUCAUGUCCUAUCGUCUUUCGACGGCCGUGAAGCCACUGGUAUGGGUCGAAGCUGCGGUCGAGCACCACAAAGGAAGCAGGGUGGAAUACAUGGUGAAAGUGAAGGCGCAGUUCAAGCGCCGGAGCACCGCAAACAACGUGGAAAUCUACGUGCCCGUGCCCGACGACGCGGAUACGCCCAAGUUCCGGGCAUCGACGGGUAGCGUGCAGUACGCCCCGGAUAAGUCGGCUUUCGUGUGGAAAAUCAAGCAGCUAGGCGGUGGGCGAGAAUUCCUCAUGCGGGCGCACUUUGGGUUACCCAGUGUGCGAGGAGAACAAGAGUUGGACAAGCGUGCACCGAUCACGGUUAAGUUCGAGAUCCCAUACUUCACUGUCUCCGGCAUCCAGGUGCGCUACUUGAAGAUCGUUGAGAAGAGUGGGUAUCAGGCACUACCAUGGGUGCGGUACAUUACGCAGAAUGGCGAUGACUACAGCCUCCGCACUGCAGUAGAGAAGGGCAGCGCCCCCAUUAUGCCGAUAUAG